UGCGCGGCGGCGGCGGGGUGGCUGGGCCGGCGGCGGCGGUACGAGGCGCGCGCUCGGGGUCCCGGUCGCGAGGAGGAGGAGGAGGAUGUGGCGCGCGGAGGGGAAAUGGCUGCCGAAAACAAGCCGGAAGGACAGGGGCAGUGGAGCGGCCCCCCGCCCCCCGCCGCGGACCCCAGGGGCCUGUGCACCCCCCAAGUCCUUUCUCGGAGGGGAAGCAGACACUUUCUUGGCUGGCCGUGUAGACGCUCCUGCCCUCCACCACCCCCUGGGUGAAGAUAUGCCAAGGAUGCCUUCAUCCGAGUUAUUGAUCAAAUUGUUGAAGAGAACAGUGUCAAAGACAGAGAGCCCUGAGCUGGCCACUAAAGACCCACCUUCAGAUGAUCAUGGGAACAGCAAUGGCAGUCAUGUAAAAAUCUUUUUACCGAAAAAGCUGCUUGAAUGUCUACCGAAAUGUUCAAGUUUACCCAAAGAGAGGCACCGCUGGAACACUAAUGAGGAAAUUGCAGCUUAUUUAAUAACGUUUGAAAAACAUGAAGAAUGGCUAACCACCUCCCCUAAGACAAGACCACAGAAUGGCUCCAUGAUCCUUUACAACAGGAAGAAGGUGAAAUAUAGGAAAGAUGGCUACUGCUGGAAGAAGAGGAAAGAUGGGAAAACCACCAGAGAGGACCACAUGAAACUCAAGGUCCAGGGGGUGGAGUGCUUGUACGGCUGUUAUGUCCAUUCCUCCAUCAUCCCCACCUUCCACCGGAGGUGCUACUGGCUCCUUCAGAACCCUGAUAUUGUACUGGUGCACUAUCUGAAUGUCCCGGCCAUUGAAGAUUGUGGCAAGCCCUGUGGCCCCAUCCUCUGCUCCAUCAACACUGACAAGAAGGAGUGGGCAAAAUGGACGAAGGAGGAGCUCAUUGGGCAGCUCAAGCCCAUGUGUUGCAAUCCAUCCUCUGGGACGCUUGUCCUUGUCCCCCCUCAUGUCGGCUACAGGGAGUCUGCCCAGCAUGCUGGAGUCCAUGGCAUCAAGUGGACGUGCAGCAAUGGGAACAGCAGCUCUGGUUUCUCAGUGGAACAGCUGGUGCAGCAGAUUCUCGACAGUCACCAGACCAAGCCCCAGCCUCGGACACACAACUGCCUCUGCACUGGCAACUUGGGAGCAGGUAGCAGUGUGCAUCACAAGUGUAACAGUGCCAAACAUCGCAUCAUAUCGCCAAAGGUCGAACCACGGACAGGUGGGUACAGCACUCACUCAGAGGUACAAAAUAAUGAUGUCUCCGAAGGCAAGAAUGAGCACAGUCAUGGCAAGGCCUCCAGCCGCGAGAAGAGGAACGGCAAAGUGGCGAAGCCCGUUCUGCUGCAUCAGAACAGCACCGAGGUGUCCUCCACCAAUCAGGUGGAGGUCCCCGACACCACGCAGAAUUCUCCUGUGUCCAUCAGCAGUGGAUUGAACAGUGACCCAGAUAUGGCCGACAGUCCCGUGGUCACAGGGGUCUCCAGUAUGGCGGUAGCCUCUGUGAUGGGGAGCUUGUCCCAGAGCGCCACCGUCUUCAUGUCAGAGGUCACCAACGAGGCUGUGUACACCAUGUCCCCCACAGCUGGCCCCAACCAACACCUUCUCUCCUCCGACGGCACCACCCAGGGCCUCGUCCUGGCAGUGAGCUCUGACGGUCACAAGUUCGCCUUCCCUGCCACGGGGAGCGCGGAGGGUUUGUCGAUGCUGCCCACUAAUGUGUCUGAAGAGCUGGUGCUUUCCACCACCCUUGAUGGUGGCCGGAAGAUCCCAGAAACCACCAUGAACUUUGACCCAGACUGUUUCCUCAACAACCCCAAACAGGGACAGACCUACGGGGGUGGGGGACUGAAAGCAGAGAUCGGCACCAAUAUGAGGCAGUCGCCCACAGCUGAGAGGGUCAGCUUUAGUUUCAGCGCAGCCCUCACCAAGGAGAUCAAGACCGAGGACACAUCCUUUGAGCAGCAGAUGUCCAAAGAAGCGUAUUCCUCCUCUAGCACAUCUAACUCCCUCACCCUGUCAGCUGGCUCCAGCCUCCUCCCGUCCGGCGGGGGGCUCAGUCCGAGCACCACCUUGGAGCAAAUGGACUUCAGCGCUAUAGACUCCAACAAGGACUAUGCUUCUAGUUUCAGCCAGACUGUGCACAGCCCCCACGUCCACCAGACCCCUUCCCCUAGCUUCUUUCUGCAGGAUGCCAGCAAACCUCUCCCCCUAGAACAGAGCACCCACACUAGUCUCAACGAUUCGAGUAGCUCUUUUGUGCCGUUAGGGAUGGCGACCGUGAAGACGGAGGCCCCUCCGACCCCCUCCAAUUGCAACGGUCCUGUAGAGACCCGGAUCGAGUCCACAUCCUCCCUCCAGCUCAUGCAGUUCCAGGCCAACUUCCAGACCAUCGCAGCCGAGACAGAAGUUCCCAUGGAGACCUCUCAGGCCGCCGAAGGGGGCGAGAACCUGCUCAAGACUGGGGAGCUGCAGAGCUGCAGUUCGGAACACUACAUGCAGCCUGAGACCAACGGCGGCAUCAGGAACGGCGGCAGCAUCCCCAUCCUGCAAGGGAACAUGGUCCAGGGGCUCUAUCCCGUGGCCCACCACAGCCUCCAUAACUCUUCGAACAUGGAACUGAGCCUGGACCACUUCGAUAUCUCCUUUAGCAACCAGUUCUCCGAUCUGAUCAACGACUUUAUCUCCGUGGAAGGUGGGAGCAAUACCAUUUACGGACACCAGCUCGUGGCAGGGGACAGCGCGGGGCUCUCGCAGGCCGAAGAUGGCAACCGGGCCUCCUUCGGCCAGGCGGAAAUGUGCAUCCCCUGCUGCAGCCCCCAGCAGGGCGGUAUGCAGCUGAGCGGCGCCGAGAGCGGGGCCGGCGCCAUGGCCUACAUGCAUGUGGCCGAGGUGGUCUCUGCGGCCACCGCAGCCCAAAGCACCCUGGGAUUGCUGCAGCAGAGUGGGCGAGUCUUCAUGGUGACCGACUACUCCCCAGAGUGGUCUUACCCAGAGGGAGGAGUGAAAGUCCUGAUCACAGGCCCGUGGCAAGAAGCCAGCAAUAACUACAGUUGCCUGUUUGACCAGAUCUCAGUGCCUGCAUCCUUGAUACAGCCAGGGGUGCUUCGAUGCUAUUGUCCAGCUCACGACACUGGCCUUGUGACCCUACAAGUUGCCUUCAACAACCAGAUCAUCUCGAACUCAGUGGUGUUUGAAUAUAAAGCCCGGGCUCUGCCCACUCUCCCUUCCUCGCAGCAUGACUGGCUAUCACUGGACGAUAACCAGUUCAGGAUGUCCAUCCUGGAAAGGCUGGAGCAGAUGGAAAGGAGGAUGGCUGAGAUGACGGGAUCCCAGCAGCACAAACAGGGUGUUGGAGGCAGUAGCAGCGGAGGCGGCAAUGGGAGUGGGACUGGAGGAAGCCAAGCACAAUGUGCAUCUGGCACUGGGACCAUGGGAAGCUGCUUUGAGAGCCGAGUGGUGGUGGUUUGUGAGAAGAUGAUGAGUCGUGCCUGCUGGGCAAAGUCCAAGCACCUCAUCCAUUCGAAGACUUUCCGAGGAAUGACCCUCUUGCACCUGGCUGCAGCCCAGGGCUAUGCCACUCUGAUCCAAACCCUCAUCAAAUGGCGAACCAAGCAUGCCGAUAGCAUUGAUUUGGAAUUGGAGGUUGACCCUUUGAAUGUGGAUCAUUUCUCAUGUACUCCUCUGAUGUGGGCAUGUGCCCUAGGACAUAUGGAUGCUGCUGUUGUGCUAUACAAAUGGGACCGUCGAGCUAUUUCUAUUCCUGACUCACUGGGAAGGCUGCCUCUGUCAAUUGCCCGGUCCCGAGGUCACGUGAAAUUGGCAGAAUGUCUGGAGCAGCUGCAGAGAGAUGAGCAGGUUCAGCUCGGACAGAACCCCAGAAUCCAUUGCCCUCCAAGUGGAGAAUCCAACACAGACAGCUGGAUAGCCCAAUGGCAUGGCGAAAACAUCACCUCUUCAGAGUCACAAAAAGGAAUCACUGUCAUUGCAAGUACAAAUCCAGAGCUGAGAAGACCUAGGUCUGAGCCCUCUAAUUACUAUAGCAGUGAGAGCCACAAAGAUUAUCCUGCUCCCAAAAAGCAUAAGUUGAACCCUGAAUACUUCCAGCCGAGACAGGAGAAACUGCUCUCCACUGCACUGAGUCUAGAACAACCAAGUAUCAGAAAGCAGAGCCCCAGUUCCAAGCAAUGUGUCUCUGAGACAAUCAGCCCCACUGAAGGAAUAAGGGAUUAUAGCCGGGAAGUCUCCCCUCACACUCCAGAGGCUGCAGGAUUCCGAGGCUCUGGAGCUCCGCCUGGAGUAAAGUGGAACUCCAAAGACCUUUACAUUGGUGUGUCUGCAGUGCAGGUAACAGGAAGCCAGAAGGGAGCCAGCCUAGGCAAGGACCCAGCACCACCUCGUCUUCGCCCACGAGAACAGAUGAGUGUCCUCAUGAUGGCGGACAGAGAGAUGGUAGAUGCUGAGUUAUUGUCAUACCGAGACAAUGUUGAGAAUGAGGCUUGCUUGCAACACAUGGAUGACUUACAGGUAAAUAUGAUGACCUUGGCAGAACACAUUAUUGAGGCAACACCUGACCGGAUCAAGAGAGAGAAUUUUGUGCCCUUGGAGCCCACGGCAGUGGAGAGGACAGAUGCUGCAGCCAUUAGCAGCACAAUGAGCUGGCUGGCCAGUUACCUUGCUGAUGUCGAUCAUCUACCAAGUGCUGCACAGAUCAGAACUCUAUAUAAUGAGCCCCUGACCCCUUCUUCUAACACCAGCUUGAGCCCUGUAGGCUCACCAAACAGUGAAAUGGCAUUUGAGAAACCAAGCCUUCCCUCAGCGGCAGACUGGUCUGAGUUCCUGAGCGCAUCCACCAGUGAAAAGGUAGAAACUGAGUUUGCUCAGUUAACUCUGUCUGAUCACGAACAGAGGGAACUCUAUGAAGCUGCCAAACUUGUCCAGACAGCAUUCAGAAAAUACAAGGGUCGCCCCUUACAGGAACAGCAGGAAGUUGCUGCUGCUGUCAUUCAACGUUGUUACAGAAAAUACAAACAGCUGACAUGGAUAGCCUUGAAGUAUGCACUUUACAAAAAGAUGACACAGGCUGCCAUCCUUAUCCAGAGCAAAUUCCGAAGCUAUUAUGAGCAGAAAAAAUUCCAGCAGAGCAGACGUGCUGCUGUGCUGAUCCAACAGUACUACCGGAGCUACAAGGAAUGUGGCAAAAGAAAGCAAAGUCGCCGAGCAGCUGCCAUUGUACAACAGAAGCUCAGGAGCAGUCUGCUAACCAAGAAGCAGGAUCAAGCUGCUCGUAAGAUAAUGAGGUUUCUACGCCGCUGUCGCCACAGCCCUCUGGCGGACCAUAGGCUGUACAAAAGGGGACUGAAUAUUUUUGGAACACAGAGAGUGAAAGAAUUGAAAAAGGCCAAGGAACUUGAAGACCCGCAGCAGCAGCAGCAGCAUCCCGUAGCAAUGUGACAUUGCUUUUCAGACUGUUUUCAUUUUCUGUUUUUAGCAGAGACAUGCAACAACAACAAAACAAAACAAAACAAAACAAAACCCACUGCAGUUUUCGGAAGCUCAACUGCAGGAUUUUAACAGUAAUGUUUUGGUCAUUGCAUUUGCACUUUCAUGGACAACUUUUAAUUUGUUCAGCAAGACAUCUUGGAACUCAAUCUUCUGUUGGAUCAUGGGAGAACAAGACACCAGGAGGAAUCUGUGAGAGGCUUCCUUCUCUCAGAAAGAAACGGUUAUCCUCAUCUAGGGCUGUAUUCAAACAUCGUGUGGAACUGGACAAAUAUUAUACCAAAAAUAUAGUUAAGAAAAGGUGGGAAUGCACGAGCAACAGAGAAAAUGCUAUUCCUGCACCUGUCAAUCAUUUCCAAGAAGCUGAAUCUUUGGGAUUCUCGGUGGAGGGCUUAGAUCGUACAAAUCUUUAUUGGGUCCGUGUGUUCUCAUUUCCUUUGCUCUUCUGUCUGUUUAUUUUAUUUUUUAUCUCUCUACAGCACACUUAAUGCAACUUUUUAAAUCUGCAGGUUUUUAAUGUCUUGUGGAAAUUUGCAGAGGGGUGGAUGUGCGAAGCAAACGGGUAAUGCAUGGGAAAUAAGGAAGUACAGCUGAGGAAAAGUUUGGAAGUUUCUUUCAUGUGUGUGUGUGGUUUUUUCCUAGAACCUGCAAAGUAUAUCAGUCAUCAUGUCCUUUUCUCAUGUCCAGCACUUUAUUUUUUGCCUUACUUUCAUGGAGAUGAAAGUUAUGUAGAAUAAUUAGUAAAGCAUGUAGCUUUUUUUUUUUAGUAACCUUGGAAAUUCUUAGUCAUUCUGAGGAACCAUAAACAUUGCCUGGACAUUAUGCCACUUAAAAGAUCAGUGUGGUGCUGCGUUCUGGCCAGUAAAUUCCAUAUUUUGGCGAUACUUCAUCAAAACUGAGCAGUUUCUGUAUAUAUAGAAGGUAGAAAUGGAAAAUGAGAAAUACUAUUUGAAAGGGAUUAUAUUGAUUAAUUACUAAAUAUUUUAUUCACAAAGGGUCAAUAACAUGGCAAGAUAAAAUUAUUAUUUGUAUAGUUUUGUCUGAAUGAGCGAGAAAAGUGUGGAUGUAUUGUUUGUACAUAUUGUAUAUAUUAAAACAAAGAGAUAUGUGCAUGAAUUCAAGAAAAAAAGAAAUGAAAAAAAGCAAAGCAUUAGUGGCUAUGGUCUGUAAAAUGAAACAAAAAACUUUAUUUCACUAUAAGAGUACUUUAUUUUAAAUGUUCUUUAGAAGAACAUUUUGCUAAAGCAUGACUAAACUGCAAAAAAAAAAAGAGCUACUGUAUUUAGACUUAGGAAAAAAGGCAGAGUAACAUUACUAAAAAAAAAAAAAAAAAGGAUAUGUUUACAUUUAAUUUUGGCUACCAGGAGUUUAUUUAAUUUUAUUUUAACUUUUUUUGCCAAUGGUGCCAAGUAAUGUGAAUGCUAAUAAUUGCUUAAGAAAAUUAAGUUAAUUUUGCAAAGCAGAUAAUCAUAAGAAAAACCAGUAUAUAGCUUAACACCAUCCACUCACUCCAAUAAAGAACACUUAGAAUGAACAUAAACUGAAAAAAAAAAAAGAAAUAGUCUGAAAGUAGAAAAAUAUGUUUCACAUUUUCAUAUCUCCUGCUGGAAGUCAGAAAAUGUAAUAAAAAUUGCACAAAAAUUAAAAAAUAUAAUUAAAAUGAUGCAAACUGGUCUUGUAGGGGUGUCAUGGUAUAUUACUAUUUCCACAUAAUGAGGAGCCAAAGAAAUCAGAUACUUUAAAAAAAAUAGAAACUACUAAUGUUAAAUUAAGAGAGGGUAAGUUAGUAUUUGCUGAUACCAGUUUAAAAUUUCCAAGCUAAGUCUGAAUAUUAGUUGGUGUAAAGUUUAUGACAAUUAGUUUUGUUCUUACUUGAUUUUGGCCAUCAACUGUAAGUUAAAAUGCAAGGCUUGUUGUGAAGCCUAAAAAUAUUCACAAAUAAGAAGCUUUUAAACUGGUGUCUUUGGAAGGAAGGUAUAUACAAAAGGAUUGGGGUAAAAACUGGGGUCAGUGCUCUUGGUGCCUUUUCUAUAAUUGUACUUGUUUUUUAAUUACUUCCUUUCACUGCCAACCUUGAAUUACUGUACAGUAUAUGUCUUACUGCUCGUGAUCAGCUCUGACAACAGUGACAGUCCCACAACGAACAGCCACCUGUACAUUUGUAAACUGACCUAACUCAAUUUUUUUUAAGUGUGUGGCUCAUGCUGCAGCUGUUGCAGUCCCAAAAUAUCUAUUAUUUUACAAAAUUGGGCCUGUAGGAGAACACUGAGUAUUAUACACUCAUAUACACAUAUACAUAAUUGCACACACAAAUGGGAAUAGAAUGUGAAGGCCAGAUCUUUCGAAAUGUCCUGUAUUAAAACUGAAAGAAUUUGGACAUGUUUAUUCCAUUUGUUAUAAUGAAAAGAAUGGAUCUUUUUAACAAGAGUAAUGACCUCAGUGGAUUUGUUUUAACCCUCACAUUUCUACAAAAAAAAAGUUUCACAUACAUUAUUAGAUGGGCAAGAUAGAAGACUCAGUAAGAUAUAGAAAUACUUAAUGUUACUCUUCCAACUCAGAGGGUCUUCGUGAAGGGAAGAGAAAGUAGGUUUAAUGCCUACUGAAUAACCCACCUAUAUAACAUUGACCACUGAGUUAGUUAAAAAUGCACUUCCACUGAAAUAAUGCAUUUCUGAUCGCCCUUUUCUUGGUUGUGGAUCAUAGUUUUGAGUAUAAGAUGAUAGGUAAGCGCAGCUUUCUUGGAUAAUCUGAAUUCCCAAGUGCCAGGAGUAGGAUUUCAUUAUAAAAAUUAAUAGCUAAUAUUAUUCUGUCUCCUGAAAAUUUAAUUGCUAUUAUUACACAUUUGAAAUCAGCUGUACUGUGUGAACGAAAUAAAGACUAUAACAUGAACCCCCUCUAUGGUUGCACGGUCGCUUAUGGCAGUUCCACACAGUAGUUGGCGCCCAACGGGGGGUCCCCAAGACUUGCAUGUAAAACUAGUCUAGAUGUCUCCUUUUUGUAAGUUUUAUUUUUGUAAUUGUGCAUGUAAAGCAUCACUGAAUCAAUGGAUCUGUUGAAGAACUCAGCUGCUGGAACCAUGCAAAAUGUUUUGAAUUGCCCUUAAAAUAUGGAAAAUGUUUUCUGAAUGCUUUAUAUUCUUUCUGCUGUAAAUUAAAAAUGAAGAAAAUUUCCCCAUA